AAAUAAUCGCAUAUCAUUCUAAAACCCUAGCUUUCGCUGACCCAUUCGGCUAUAAAAGAGCACGUACUCCGCAAUUCUCAGUGCUCUCUCUAUCUCUUUCUCUCUCUGAUACCGUGUGCGGCCUAGGGUUUCGGUGCUUCCCUCGUUGGAGUUUAUUUCUUGAGAUUUAUAAUGGGUAAAGAGAAGGUUCACAUCAACAUUGUUGUUAUUGGCCAUGUCGACUCUGGCAAGUCGACUACCACUGGCCAUCUGAUCUACAAGCUUGGAGGAAUUGACAAGCGUGUGAUUGAGAGGUUUGAGAAGGAAGCUGCUGAAAUGAACAAGAGAUCAUUCAAGUAUGCCUGGGUGCUUGACAAACUGAAGGCUGAACGUGAACGUGGUAUCACCAUUGAUAUCGCCUUGUGGAAAUUUGAGACCACCAAGUACUACUGCACAGUCAUUGAUGCCCCUGGGCAUCGUGACUUCAUUAAGAACAUGAUUACUGGGACAUCCCAAGCUGAUUGUGCCGUCCUCAUUAUCGACUCCACCACUGGUGGUUUUGAAGCUGGUAUUUCUAAGGAUGGCCAGACCCGUGAGCAUGCUCUUCUUGCUUUCACACUUGGUGUCAGGCAGAUGAUUUGCUGCUGUAACAAGAUGGAUGCUACCACUCCUAAGUACUCCAAGGCAAGAUACGAUGAAAUUGUGAAGGAAGUCUCCUCCUACCUGAAGAAGGUUGGUUACAACCCCGACAAAGUUCCUUUUGUCCCAAUCUCUGGUUUUGAAGGUGACAACAUGAUCGAGAGGUCCACCAACCUUGAUUGGUACAAGGGCCCAACCCUUCUUGAUGCCCUUGACAUGAUCAGUGAGCCCAAGAGACCAUCAGACAAGCCUCUGAGGCUUCCACUUCAAGAUGUCUACAAGAUUGGUGGUAUUGGUACUGUCCCAGUAGGAAGGGUUGAGACUGGUGUCAUCAAGCCUGGUAUGGUUGUAACUUUUGGACCUACUGGUCUUACCACUGAAGUCAAGUCUGUGGAGAUGCACCACGAGGCUCUCCAGGAAGCCUUGCCUGGUGACAAUGUCGGGUUCAAUGUGAAGAAUGUUGCAGUGAAGGAUCUCAAGCGUGGUUACGUUGCUUCUAAUUCAAAGGACGAUCCAGCCAAGGGGGCUGCAAAUUUCACAGCCCAGGUCAUUAUCAUGAACCACCCCGGACAAAUUGGAAAUGGCUACGCACCAGUUCUUGAUUGCCACACCUCCCACAUUGCUGUCAAGUUCGCUGAGAUCUUGACCAAGAUUGACCGCCGAUCUGGUAAGGAGAUUGAGAAGGAGCCGAAGUUCCUAAAGAAUGGUGAUGCUGGGAUGGUCAAGAUGGUUCCGACCAAGCCAAUGGUGGUGGAAACUUUCUCGGAGUACCCCCCACUUGGACGAUUUGCCGUAAGGGACAUGCGGCAAACUGUUGCUGUUGGAGUUAUCAAGAAUGUGGAUAAGAAGGAAGCAUCUGGUGCCAAGGUCACCAAAUCUGCUGCAAAGAAGAAGUGAAUUGUGCGAUUCGGAGUUUUCACUGAAGAUGAUGCUGCUGCUGCUUUAAACCAUCUUUAUUACUAUCAUAAAAGAGACAUGGUAUAUGCUUGUUUUAUGGACCCAAGUCGUUUAGUUUGUUGCUUUGUUUGCUGCUACAUUUUGUUUUCCAUCUCUGGUUGCCCCUCUCAGAACUGGGUGCUGGACCGGCGGUGGCGGCAAAAUAUAUAUUAUAUAUAUUUUUGGUAAAUAAAUUUAUGGGAAAACUAUAUGAAAUAUUUUAAUGUUUUGAUUUA